AUAUGGGCAACAUUAUAAAAAGUUACGGGAAAUAGGAAAAAGUAUAGUAUAGUCUAAAAAGGGGAAGAACGAGACAAGUGCAAUAGGAGAAGAGGACAAACAACCAGACGGGAGGUGGAGAACAUGACACAAGGGAAAAUGUGAUGGAUCGAGGGCCGAACAAGAGCCAGACACAAAGGAAGGGAUAGAGAACAAGAGGUCCGUGAAGUAAGAAGAUAGGGCAGGAUGAAGAAGACAGUGAGGGAGAGCAGCGUUGUCGUCACCACCUCCUCCCUCCCCCUCCCUCCUGCUCUCGCUUUCUCCUUUGCAGUUCUAAGCUAUUGAGAAACCUCAGUCUUUUCCACAAGACGGUCCCUUCCCCGGGCCGGCUGCACUGAUUCUCAAAUGGAGCCCAACUCUUCCGGCCCGGGGAACUUUUCCAACCAGGACCUUCGGGGCUACAGCAUGGAGGAAUUAAUCAUUACGGCAACCUUUGGCACCAUCCUAUCUCUGAUGUACGUAGCUGGAAUGGUAGGAAACGUGUAUACCUUGGUGGUCAUGUGUCAGUCUAUGAGAUAUGCUGCAUCCAUGUACAUCUCCAUCAUCAACCUGGCCCUGGCCGACCUCCUCUACCUGUCCAGUAUCCCGUUCAUCGUCUGCACGUCUUUCGUCAAAGACUGGUACUUCGGGGACAUCGGGUGCAGGAUAUUGCUGAGUUUGGACCUGUUUACCAUGCAUGCUAGCAUAUUCACCCUUACCGUCAUGUGUACCGAGAGGUAUAUGGCGGUAACCAAACCUCUGGACACAGUCAGAAGGUCCAAGGGUUAUCGGAAGUCCAUGGCCAUCGCCGUGUGGGUGCUGUCUCUUCUGCUCACUUUGCCUAUGAUGAUCAUGAUGACUCUUAGAGAAGGAGAGGGAAAAGGGGUGAAAAGGAUGUGCGCUCCAACUUGGAGUGAGGAUGCCUACAGGACUUACUUGACGGUACUCUUCAGUACGAGCAUCAUGGCGCCAGGAAUGGUCAUUGGGUACUUGUACACCAGGUUGGCCAGGACUUAUCUGGAAUCCCAGAGGAACCCCAUCAAUAAGAAAGAGAACAAGAGGUCCCCAAAACAGAAGGUGCUCAUCAUGAUCUUUAGCAUUGUCCUGGUCUUCUGGGCUUGCUUCUUGCCUUUUUGGAUCUGGCAGCUAAUACGACUUUACGACAUGUCCCCCCCACUCUCGUCUCAAACCCAAAAGUGCAUUAACUACCUGGUCACCUGCCUGACCUACAGCAACAGCUGCAUCAAUCCUUUCCUGUACACCCUCCUCACCAAAAACUACAGGGAAUAUCUGAAGAACCGCCACAAGAAGUUCUACAGGUUCACCUCCUCCUUCAAGAAACGGGGCUCUAGCCUGCAGUGCUCUUCCUGGGGUCGCUCCAUGUCCUCCAGCAAUCAGUAUGACUACGGGUCGGAGUCUAUCGGCAUGACAUGUGUCAGGGACAUCAAGUGAGAUGUGCCGGUCUCAGGUUCAGGAUCAGCCGCCAGCUCGCUGCAGGGGGACCCCCCCACCACUCUGGGAACUCCCAAUUUUUCUACAGUGCCAUCUCCCAAUUGAAUGAAGAACCUGUCUCCCCUACAAGGGAGAUCCACUCACUACCUCAUUUCCGGACUAUAUGAAGGAUACGAAACGCGUUGAAUCUGGAUUAUGGAUGGAAGCUUUGAAUCAUGUAAUUUUGGUAUCAAGAAGUUUUCUACAUAGAUUGGUUGACAAAUAACAGUGUGGAAUGUAAGAGGAGCGCGUCACGAUGAAUCAGUCUUCAGGGCUAUUUCAUAGUAUAAAAUCAGUGAAUAAUGUUCUGGGAUAGACAAAUAUAAGAGAUUGUAGGUCGCAUUUAUCAAGGUAUUUAGAGCCUUUUUUGCUCACUCCAGGCUCACAAAAUAAUCGUCGUUUUGUGCGACUUUUGUGGGUAAGCAAAAAGCUAAAAACAACCUUACCUAAGCAGAUUUCAGUUUUUACUUUGCAGUGGUCACAUAUCUAUGAUGUGCGAAUGUCGCAUGUAGGCAAAAAACAAUGAUAAAUGUCCCCCAAUGAGAUCAGUGACCAUGUAAAGAGAAAAUCUACUCAAAAGAUAUAAAUAAUAUAAUACUACUGCUUUAGGCAAAAGAAUACAACUACAAUAUUACUGCCCACCUAUUUUGGAAAAUAUAAGGAUUUAUUUUUAUGUACGAGAAUAUAACUACUAUAAUACUGUCAAUGUAGUAGAAGCGAAGAAGCCUGGCACUAGUAGUAUAGAGCUGGAGAGGUAUGUAUAUGUUCCUGUAAAAUGUGGAAUAGGCGUAGGAAGCAAUGUGCCUGCUGCGGGUGGUGCUCACACUGUGCGGUACAGUCCAUAUGAAAAUGACACAAGAAGAAAGAUGUAUAGGAGCAACUCACCCAAG